AUGAAAAUUCUGCCGUUUGCUGAGGUAGCUGGAAAAAUUCUCGUACUGGUGGUUUACGAUUUCGAUCGCUUCUCUAAGCACGACCAAAUAGGCUUGGUUAAAGUUCCACUCAGCUCAAUUGAUCUUUGCAAUACUAUCGAGGAAUGGAGAGACAUUGAAUCCCCGGAAUCUGAUGCUGAGAAGACUAUUGUCAUAACAGAACGCAGCAGAGCCAGAAAGCAUUCCUUCAGAAAACUCACUAAAAUCUAA